UGUGCAGCUGUGCAGGGGAGCCUGUCUGCUGCUGUCUUGUUGAGGUUCCUGUUUGCCAGUAGGAGUGAUCGUCAGUGCUGAAGCGUGUUGAAACAACGUCGUCCUCCCCCUACCUCUUUUUUUUUUGACUGGCAGAAGAAGUGCGGAUGUAAGCUGCAAAUCGAUACGGAACACGCCGCUAUGAAUGGCUUUUGCUCGAUGAAAUAAUUCACGCCUGCUCAGGCAAUGACAAGCAAUCGCAGCUAUGAAUCCCGAAGAGCAAACGGUAACCUGGUUAAUAUCGCUCGGAGUCCUCAAUUCUCCUAAGAAGAACAUCGCUGACCCGGAGGAGUUCUUGAAAAGCUCGCUCAAGGAUGGGGUCGUGCUGUGCAAGCUCACCGAGCGGCUUGUACCUGGAUUCACUCCCAAGUACUGUCAGGAACCCCGAACAGAAGCCGACUGUAUCGCCAAUGUUAAAGAGUUUUUAAGAGGAUGUUCGUCCUUAAAAGUAGAGGGAUUUGAGCCCGAGUGGUUGUACACUGGUGAAAAUUUUGGCAAGAUCUUGAACACAUUGCUCGCCGUGAACUUUGCCACUCAAGACACGGCUCCUGAACGAUCAUGUGGACAGGCUGGUGGCCCCACCCCUAGUCAGUCAACAUCCUCGCACACAGCCUCGCUCAAGUCUAAAGGCUCCCUGCGACGCCAGUCCAAACCAGUGGAAAUGGCUGAGAACGGAGGUGGAGGGCAGGCGAUGGUCAAAGCCCGCUUUAACUUCAAACAGAACAACGAGGACGAGCUGUCGUUCAGCAAAGGGGACCUGAUUUUGGUAACGCGGCAGGAGGAAGGCGGCUGGUGGGAGGGAACGCUCAACGGCAGGACGGGAUGGUUCCCCAGCAACUACGUCCGAGAGGUCAAAGCCUCUGAUAAGCCACUGUCUCCUAAAGGAAAUCAGUUGACCAAGAACUACUACAGUGUGGUGGUUCAGGACAUCCUGGAACAUGAGCGGGAGUUUGUCAAAGAAUUGCAAACCGUCCUCAGUUGUUACCUUCGACCCCUGCAAGCCAGUGACAAGCUGAGCACAUCUGACAGCGCUGCACUGUGUGGGAACCUGGAGGAUAUUCUCACCUUCCAGCAGGCGCUUUGUGUGUCCUUGGAGGAAUGUACAAAAGUUCCAGAAAGUCAGCAGCGAGUCGCCGGCUGCUAUUUGAAUGUGAUAAGUCAACUCAAGACUCUGUACUUUGCCUACUGCUCCAGCCACCCGUCAGCUGUCUGCAUCCUCACUGAUCACAGUGAGGAAUUGGACAAGUUCAUGGAGAGCCAAGGAGCCAGUUCUCCUGGGAUCCUGACUCUGACCACCAGCCUCAGCAAACCCUUCAUGAGGCUGGACAAGUAUCCCACUCUGCUACAAGAACUGGAGAGACAUGUUGAGGAACAACACCCAGACUUCGCUGAUAUUCUAAAAGCAAUGGCUGCCUUCAGGAGCUUAGUGACACAGUGCCAGGAACUGCGAAAGCGCAAGAACCUGGAGCUCCAAAUCCUGUCUGAACCUGUGCGUGGCUGGGAGGGAGACGGCAUCAAAAGCCUGGGUCACGUGGCCUACAUGUCCCAGGCUCAUGUGAGAAAUGGGUCCAGUGAGGAAAAAGAGGAGCGCUACGUCAUGCUCUUCCCGAACGUGUUGGUGAUGCUCUCAGCCAGUCCUCGAAUGAGUGGUUUUAUAUAUCAGGGACGACUGCCUCUAACUGGCACAACAGUUACGAGACAUGCAGAAGACCCGGACAACUUUGCCUUCGACAUUUCAGGAAGCAUGAUCGAGCGCGUCACUGUCUUCUGCAGUAGUGCUCAGGACUUGGUCGAGUGGCUGGAGCACCUGCAGCCCUUCACCAAAGGUGGCAGUCCUGUAGGAACCAUCUUAAAGCCUGUGGAGGAGAAACCUCUGAGUGUGGUGGGGCCGACCGCUCACCUGUCCCACUUGGCCGUCAGUCGAGGACCUCUGGAGCCACCAAAGAUCAGCAAGCCGUGGUCACUCAGCUGUCUGCGCCCCGCGCCUCCGCUCAGGCCUUCUGCAGCGCUGGGUUACAAAGAGAGGAUGUCUUAUAUCAUGAAGGACUCCAGUAAGAGCCCUCGGCAGAUGAAGAAAUUCCUGCCCGGCAACAGGAAGAAGGACCGCAAGCCUUCUGACGACGAGCUUCACAUGAGGAAAAGCACAGUGGCACUGGAGGAAGACGCUCAGAUUCUGAGAGUAAUAGAAGCCUACUGCACGGGGGCAAGUUUACAUCAGGCCACCACAGCGGUGCGGAAGGAGUGUGUGCCGCAGGUUCUUCUGCCGGAGGAGGAGAAGAUCAUCGUGGAAGAGAUGAAGAGCAACGGGCAGACAGUGAUCGAGGAAAAGAGUCUGGUGGAUGCUGUGUACGCUCUGAAGGAUGAAGUUCAUGAACUGAAAAAGGAUCAGAAGUGGAUGAAGCAGUUUCUGGAGGAGGAGCAGAAGUCCCGAAAAGAGCUGGAGAGAGUGGUCAAGAAACUGGCCAAACAGAAGAAUGACUGCGGGUGGGAUGACGGAGGCCACUGAGCCCGUCCAUUUUCCAGUCCCACGCAGCAGAGCUGGACCGCUGCUCCAGGACCUAUGACAUUUCCAUGAGAUGGUUUCUGUCUUCCUGAUUCCUCCUCUGCGGACAAGAACCUGCUUCACGGUGAAGCCGCCCUCCUUCAGAGACUAGCUAAGAGGGGCACUUCAGAAGUCUUUCCACUGAGCCGCUGUGAGUUUAGUCGAAGACUGUAUUCCAUUUUCUGCUCAGCCUGCUGGAUAAUGAAAGCGAGUGUCAAGCCAUGGAGGACUUUUCUUAAGAGAGGAUCAGUUCUCAUCCCUGCACUGCGGGUCAACGCAUUCAUUUAGCUUCCACUGCAUCAUAUUUGGCUUGAUUUGACUAACAAUGUCAUAUUUGUUUGCUGAGUUUGUGUCCGUUUAUGACUAUAGCUCAAUGACUCUGUGUCAUAGGUUCUCAAUUAGGUAGAAAUAAUAUGAGUUAUCACAAAUAUAUAUAUAUAAAAAUGCACAGAUAUAUGACUUCUUUUAAUGCACCCAAGAAAUAAAUCUUAUUUAUUGUUUCAUAUAAGUAUAUUUACAGUUUGACUAGCAGCUCUGCCCAAUUUGAGUUUGUCUUAAAAUGGUCUCUUCCUCAUGAUGGUUGAGGAGGCGUCUGAAUUGGAGAGGAAUUGUAGUUAUAUUGAUGCUAUGGAAAUAUAUGGAAGUAGCUUUUUAGUGUCUGCUGUUCAGUUCAAGUGCCUCUGAAAGAGUCGUUCAAACCUUUUGGUUUUAGUAGUGAAACUUUCAUUCUUGGUUGAUCGCACUAACCUCGGGAUGACAGGUGUCUAAAGGAAGAUUUUAUCAACACAAGAGUGGUCAUCAUGUUCACAAUGUUGUGCUUUUAGCACGUUGUUGAGCCUCUUCAGUGGCUGUGAGGUUGUUCUGAAGAAUGUUCUUGACUGUUGUGUUGGGUUGUUGGAGUGAACAAAACUGGCCACUCUGGUGUUGGGAACAUCUUCCUUUGAGUUACAUUUAAAACAGAGAAAGUGAGAUUUAUUUACAAAUUAUUGUGUGCGUUACACUGCUUUAAUCGAGAUUAAAAAAGUUUUAAUCUAUUGACGGCUCCAGAUUUUAAAACUCCCUUUUUAAUUUUAACUUUAUUAUUUUCAGCCGGCACUUGGAUUUCAAUUUUAUAAAACCCUUUUCUCUCACGAAGAAGGAAAAAAAACUGGAUCUUAGUGACCUGUCAAAUAAGUUGAAAUAUGUUUGAAUCAUUUUAAACAUAAUGUGAAUUAAAAUUCUGAUUAUGAAUUAUAAUUUUUUAUUAUGAGAUUUCAUUACAUCUCAGAAACUCACGAAUACAGAAAAUCCGAAUACACGCUUUAACAAUUGCAAUUGAGAAUAAAAGUGAGUCGCAAAGGGAUCAAUGUUGACUUAAAAUAUUUAAUAUAAAAUAUAGGAAUGAACCUUUUAAAGUAUAAUGCAGCCAAAUUCAGUGUUGGAAAUUUUGUUUAAAUGAACAAAAUGGCUUGUGAGAACUGGUGAAAUGGUUGAUGUUGAGAAGCUUUUCUAUGAUAUAUACACAGCUCUGCUGGAAUAUUUUGAUAGAAAAGCCCACUAUUAUCAAUUCAAAAUAUAUUAAUUUAUUUUCAUUAAAAAAGUUUUAUACUAUCAUAUUUCUAAUUCAAUAACUAAUAAAGUGCUUAUAUUCUGAAAUAACAAAGUAAAGAUUAGUACAUGAAUGAUGGCAUUUAAAUAGAAAAAAAUAAAAUUGUAUGUUGUGUUGGAAAGUUGCAUAAACUCCAGUGUUCAGGAUUUGAAAAGUGAUGGAAUCAUGCGAUGACAAAAGUUCCUUUUAUCGCUUCAUUCUGAGUGAAAAAACUCAAUAAAAUAGAAAUGUACGAGGUGGUGCAUGCGCUUCAGUACUGAGGGCGACAAGCAUCUCACAUGAGAAUUCUAGUGGAACCAAACGUUGUCUCACUGUAACCCAGUGGAAAAGAAACCAAGACCCACUUUUGAAAACUGAACCCACCAAUCAGAUCAUUGGGAUUUCGUGUGCAUCAUUAAUGCUUCUGCAAUCCUUUAAAUGCCAUACAUGGGCUUUCAGGUUUAUUGAAAAAGAAUGUCUUGACAUUUCAAAGACUCUCACUGAGACGUUUCCUGAGGCUUCAGCUGCAGACGAGAGAGUGCGCUGCUUCGUCGCCCCGGGUUGCAUGAUCAACCAGUUCAAUGCAAUAAUAAAAACCAAACAGCAUUUAUGGAAUGGAUUAUGUUAAAAGCAAAGGUUGAAUCAUGGAAAAUUCCUGUUGCACAAUGAAGACAGGGCAGGUACGAGGUUGCACUGGUGCCGCUGCAUUGCUCAAUGGCACCACCUUAAGGCGGCGAUUAUGGUUUUGAGUGUGUAACUAGGAUGCUGUUUUAUUGUAAGUACAAAUAUUGCAUUGUUUCCUUCCUAUCGCGUUUGACACGGGCGAGUGUGAGUGGUUGCUUGUUCUUCCAAACAGGCCUCACCUCCGUCUUUUGUUUGUAUGGCUCUAUGCAAUUCUGGCUGUUGGUUUUUAUCUGAAACUCCUCUGUUUGCUAUGUUCAUCCCUAUAUUAAAAUCUUCUGAU